GAUUAUUACCAGAAUAAUGGCAUCGUACAUUUCAUACAUUGGAGUAGCUUUCCUCUGUUCUUUAUCAUAUUUUCAAACUGAGGCCAUCUUGUAUGCAGAAGGUUGUAAGAUGGCCGAUGGUAACUGGUAUAGGGUCGGGGCCACUCGUGUGUUGGGAUGCACUCACUGUACCUGUGAAGCGAGGGAUUAUGUGUACUGUGUAGAUUUAUGUCCAGAUUGUGAGUACAACUACAGGAGGUACCCUAUUGGAGAGUCGUUUCAAGAUGGAUGCAAAGUCUGCAUGUGUCAAGGGAGGGGCAAAGUCGUCUGCUCAGAGGAAGAGUGCCCUUACCAUAGAUCUAGAAUGUUCCAAACCUUUGGUUUAUCGUGACAGCAUAAACUUUUGCCUGUUGAUAGUGAAUCUGUUAUUUAAAACAUUUUGGGGAUAUUGUACAUAUGAUGUUAAAAAAUUAAUUUAUGUGAAUAUGAAUUAAAUGAAU